AGAGACGUGGGAAAGGUUGCGGCCCCGCCUCUCCCCUCCUCUCCUUACACACGGAAGCUCAGUGGCCCCCAAGCAAGGAUGUCCGAUGCCUGGGUCCUCCGCCUGGUAACCACCUUGCUGCUCGGCCUUCUGGCCGGUCUCCAACAGACUGCAGCCAAAUGUGGCCUCUUCCUUAACUGCCCCACAGGAUUCAAAUGCUGCGGUGACAGGUGCUGCCAGGAGUACGAGUUCUUCCCUGGCCUCUUGAGGAUCUUCCUCAUCGUCUUCCUCAUCGUCAUGCCCAUCUUGUGCAUUUGCGGCCUGACUAAGCGCUUCUGUCGCAACUACAGAGAGCAGGAACAGGACCCCCCAAUGGAUCAUGAAAGGCCUCCGGAAUGGCCCUCCAUUGCCCCCGCAGAGAGCGUCAGGGGACCCAUCCCUGAACCCCCACCCUCCUACAGCGAGAUUAUUCUGAAGCCCGUCCUGGGUCUGCCUCCCACCGAGCCACCCCCUCCCUACAGCUUCAGACCUGAAGAAUAUUCUGGAGUCCACAGGGGCUUAGACAACCCAGCCUUCUAAGUCCCCUCCUGCCUGGAGUCCAGCCUCAGCCACCACCUCCCCAACGCCUCCUGGAUCAAGCCAGAGACACCUGGGAUCUCUAGCACGCCCCCGCCUAUCCUGUCGCAUCGCUGGCCAUUCUUGGCUUUAACUUAUUGCUUUUCCUGCCCCCGUUCCACCCCCACUGUCUCUCUUGCCCCAAGGGCUGGGCUGGAGCAGCAGUGUCCAUCCCCUCCCUCGCCACCCGCAGUCCAAGUCUGAGGCUGACAAGAGGAAAAUGUCAGCAGUUGGAGGUGCCGGAGAAUAGAAUGGGGUACUGAGGACCGUUCAUGGAGGCAUGCAGAGCUUCACCGAACAGCCAACUCAGAUGAAGGGUACUGCUAUACAUGGAAGAUCGGACUACAAGUCCAUCAUUUAUUAUUACAGAGAAAAGGCACGUGGCAGAACAAUAGCCUAUGGUUUCCAUGAGCUCCGAGCCCCCUUUGCUUUUGCCCGAAUAGAGAAGACCCCAUUCGACCUUCACCUACCUUCCCCCGCCCACCGACACUCACUAAAUUUUAGCUGAUUGUUGCUGAGAGUCUGCCUCUGGCUGUGUGGGGAGGUGAGCCCCUGGGGGACUAGAGGGGAGAGGCGGUCGUCACUGUGCCCACCAUUGGUGAGUCCUUUGGGCUGACAGUGUGUUGACAAUGAGCAUAGGGGGACAGUACAUCCCUGGACCACCCUCUCGGAGAGGAUCUUUACAGAUGCUUUCACCUCCAGUCCCUUGAGAUCUCUGGGUGGUAAAGAGCCCGGACAGAGAGAUGGCAUGGGGUAGGAGUGACCGUUGUGUCUUCCCCACCCCAUCCUCCCAUUGCUGUCGGGGAUAGACAGAGCUCAGCUCCCUUACGCUCACCAUGGGAGAGGGAAGUGGGGAGCCUAGCCAUCUGUGGGGCAGGGCCUCUGGAGACCUUGAUCCGCCCCACCCUGGAUUCUCCUGGAGGGAGGAGAGGAGAGGGCAGAUCCACGCUUUUCUUCCCGUCUUGUGUGAUUCUGGGGCACCACCUCCUCAGCCCCAUCUGCUAACCCCUAAGAGGAAAGAAGCAUUCACCAUUGCAGCACAGCGUCUUCCCAGGGAAUCGGUCCCGUGGGAGCCUGCAGCAGAGCAUGGAGCUGGGAGCCUGGCAUGGGGCAUGCAGGGUGAGAGAGACCCCCCCAAGCCAGUGUCUCGGGGGUCAGGCAGGGCUGGGCUCCUCCUUUGCGCUCUGACCCCCUCCCUGCCUUUGCAUUGUUCCCCUGCAGCCAUGAAUGCUGGCCUUCCUCCCCAGAUAGAGGGCACAGCAGCAACGCUGGCCAAAGCUCCUGGGAGGAUGAGAGAUAACACUGGCCCUGGUAUGCUGGCCAGGAUGGCACCUCCAGGCCUCUCAAUAACACCCAGCCUUGGGGUAUCAAGACUCAGGCAGGUGUCAGGGCCAAGGGGUGCGGGAAAUGGCACAGCCAGCCCCAAAGAUGUCAGGAACAUGGCUGUCUGGCUGAGAGUUCCUGCUGCAGACAGGACCCCAGAGGGAGAACAUUGGUUACCGACCACAUAGUGCCAGAGUUGGCAGUAGAAUGAGCCCGGCCAUGGAAAGUUUCCCUUCCAUCUCAGGGAUUGAUAAGGGAAGGAGCAGAAGGAAGGCAUGUGGGUGCUUUGUGUAAACCUGGCUAGCUCCAAUGAGAAGCCCCAGAGCUGGUAUCGUGUCACUGGUAUAUGCCCACCCUAGGGAGCAUGUUAAGCAGUGCGCUUUGCAGACCUGGAGAAGGAGGUCACCCUCAGCCUGGACGCUACCUUCCUUUCAUCCAAGAUGACAUGGGGCCUUUAAAUCGUCCCAGCAGCAGCAGAGUGGCCUGGAGGAAAAGGAUCUCGUUCCAAAGCCAAGUGCUGCUGGGACCUGGUGGCAGAAAUGGCUAGUUCUAUGGCUCUGUGUUCACUGUUGGUGGGAGUGGACAUAGCGUAAGCUUCCUCGAGGGCACAUGCGCAGUAGCCAUUCAUGCCGCAGGUAUUUACAAAGAUCCUACUAUGUUUCUGGCACCAUGCCUGGCACUGGGCAUCCAUUAAAAUUUAAAAUGCGCGUGACACAGCCAUUCCACUCCUAGGAAUAUUCUUCACAAAUGCUCAUGCAAAAGAGCUCAAAGAGAUGUCCAUUGCAGCAUUCUAACUGAGGGUAAAUGAAAACACCCUAAAUGUGCAUUGACAGGAACCUGUUAACUAUACCAGGUCCAUCCACAUUGUGAACACUGCGCAGCCUCCAGAAAGAAUGGAGUUGGAUCUGAAACACCAACCUGGCACAAUGUCCAUCAUUUAUUAUUAUAGAGAAAAGGCAUGUGGCAGAACAAUAGCCUAUGAUCUCAAUUUAUAAAUAUAGACCACGUCAUACAUAAUAUAUAUACAUAUAUAUAAAUACACAUAUGUAUGUAUGUAUAUUUUUCCCUUUGCAAAUGUAUAGACAAGAUCUAGAAGGAUAUGAACCAAACCACACACACGACACUUUCAACAGUGGUUGGCACUGUGGGAUGGAGGGAUAGAAGUAGCCAGUUGUA